AUGUUCGUCUCUGCGCUGUUCAAACUCGGCCUUCUUGCGUUGCCCGCCGUCGCUGGGGUCGUUAAGAGAGCUGGCGUUGCUUACUACGACCCCGCUCACGGCGGUGGAUCGAUGCUCGAUAAUGCUGGCGAUGGCUUGGGCGAACCCUUGAACGUCAUUAUCUCCGGCGAGAGCUCAUCAGAGGUACUCAACGAAGCUGGCAUAAUCAAUUUCGCGCAGGCCAUCGGCUUCUCAACGGAAUGUCUCGGUAUUCAUUUGGGCGGGCCGCAGAGCGCAAACCUUGGUGACGGCAAUGGCUGGGUGAACCAGACCAUCGAGAUGCGCGAAGACUAUGGAAGCACUGGCGUUGGCACCUGUCUCGAGAGUCUGAUCGGGGGCAAUCACUUCAGGGUGUUUGUACAGAAUGGCACCAGCGCUGACAGUGGCGCCCUGUUCCUAGCCGUCUCAAAAGAAGAAGACGUCGAAGAGGGUCACACCAUUGUACCCAACGGUUACGAUAUCGGACGUGAUCAAUUCGUCACGGCCGCGCUCGGUACCACUAGCAACAACGGCGUCACAUAUACCACCACCGCACAGAACAUCACUGGCCUGAUGCCCGCAGGCAGCGCAGGCGUUAAUCACAACAUCUCGAUCGACGGUAUUGUAACAUUGCUGACUGUCACGGCGUCAUGA